AUGCAUCAGCCGACAAGAAUUCGAAAGGUAGAGGCAUCCUUCCACUUUCGUGGCACACAUUAGUCAUCCGAAUCAAAAAAAAAAAAGUGUGCAGUCUCCGUCGAGGACGAGAAGAGACAGACGAGAGCCCUUCAAUUAUUUCCCUUGAGAAGUUUCUACAACAAUCUUCUGUCUUCUUAAUCAUAACUGGAAUUCUUACUAUCGCUAACGUUUAGUGUUAGAAAAGUUACAAAACGUUGAGACGAGUGGUAAGUGUGACCAGCGCUGUGAAGGUGCUAUUGCGUCUGGGAAAGUCGAUCAACUGUCAGAAUUUAUUCGGACGACGAUUGUCUGUAAAAAAGAAACAAUUGAUCCGGUGUGACGAUUUGAUUCCCAGAAGAGAUGGGCAUCAAGAAUUAGAAGAAUUGUUGCUGCGUUUCUUCUUGCGAUCUUCGGCGGACAGAGACGAAGAUGUUGCUGGCCGUUGGACGAGAAUUCUUCUGGCAUUAUGCGGCCGAGUGCUGCGGAAUUCGAGCGUCACGAGGCAGGAAACUGAAAAGAUAGCAUUCGACGAUCGGGCACAUGGUAAUUCGAAUACCGACUUACGAACAUUUUACGUGUUACGAGUGUUGCUCGAACCUGAACGAGUUGUCACUGAUGACAAGGCAGCAAUUCGACAGAAGAAGAGGAGAGUGAAUCAGUGA